GGAACGCUGUCUUUCCCGCGCCCACCUUCUCUCUCCUCUCUCGCUUGCGCGCUCCGACCCGCUCGCUCUCCAGCCAUCGCCAGGAGCAGUGUGUGGUAGGCUACAGUUUGAUAGCAGCAGCGCUGGCUUUCUAAAGAAAGCUUAGCUCUCACUUUUCUGUCUGUCUCAUUACCGCUCUCAUUGUCUCUUGCGACAGCGGGAACGGAGCAGCCACCUACUCUCCUCCUCACCAUUUAUUCACUUGGGGCCUGUAUUUGGAAUAAGAAAGCAUUGCUGUUUCUGACUGGAGAGAAGGAAGAUUAAACUCAUCUGGAUUUCCUAAGGAAUUUUAUCUGGAUGCUUUGUUACCGAGGCUUUUGAAUUCAUCAGCCGGGGUAUAUAAUGUGACCAUCCGUUCCACAAUAGGGAAAUUCCUGAGGAGUUCUGAUUCUUUCAUUCCUUCCGGUCCGAGGCGGCAUUGCUAUCAACUGUUCCAAACAGGUGGGGGCAUUGGGGGUAUUGGUCAGACAGGUGUUGUUGGUGAGAGCGAAGCUUGGGCAUCAGGCAGAAUGUUGGCAUCUGCAUGAGUGGAACAGAGGAGCCUCAGUUCUGGUUCUCUUUCCUGAGACGACAACCACAGGAUGAGGCUUGAGAGGAGGUCUCAGGAGAGAGAAUGUUCCAUGACUUUCACACCUUCAACCUCAAGCUCUUGAAUCAUUGGGACAGUUGCUUGGGUGCUGAAAGGCUACAGCUGAAGGAAUAAAAGAGGGAGAAACGGGGAGAGAGAGGCGGGGAGAUGGGUAGCAGGGAAAUGAGGCUGUGAAUAUCCUGCAUCUGAGAAGUCAGACCAGACUGACUCACAGAGCUCUGUUAGCCAGCACCACUGAGGCUGCCAAAGCAUGCUGGUGCCAAGCUGUCCCAUGAUGCACAUAGAUAGACCCGCACUGCUCGUCCUGGGUCUGCUCCUCCUUCUCGCCGACGCCGAAACACCACCAAAGUUUUUGAGAACCCCCAAUGACCAAACGGGCGUGCAAGGAGGCGUGGCAUCAUUCAUCUGCCAAGCAACGGGAGACCCACGCCCCAAGAUAGUUUGGAACAAGAAGGGGAAGAAAGUCAGCAACCAGAGAUUUGAGGUAGUGAUUGAUUUCGAUGACGGCUCUGGCUCGGUGUUAAGAAUUCAGCCCUUGCGUACGCCCCGAGACGAAGCCAUAUACGAGUGUGUUGCCUCCAACACUGUUGGAGAGCUGAGUGCUACUACGAGACUCACUGUUUUACGUGAGGACCAACUGCCCCCUGGUUUCCCCACCAUUGACAUGGGUCCCCAGUUGAAAGUGGUAGAGCGAACUCGUACGGCCACCAUGCUCUGUGCCGCCAGCGGCAACCCUGACCCAGACAUCUCCUGGUUCAAAGAUUUCCUGCCCGUCAACACCACCAACAACAAUGGACGUAUCAAGCAGCUCAGAUCAGAAUCCUUUGGUGGUACACCAAUAAGAGGGGCCCUCCAGAUUGAGCAGAGCGAAGAGUCCGACCAGGGGAAGUACGAGUGCGUCGCCACCAACAACGAUGGAACCCGUUAUUCUGCCCCCGCCAAUCUAUACGUCAGAGAGCUGCGAGAAGUGCGCCGGGUGCCCCCGCGGUUCUCCAUCCCGCCUACGGACAAUGAGAUCAUGCCUGGAGGCAGCGUCAACAUCACCUGUGUGGCGGUGGGCUCCCCCAUGCCCUACGUCAAAUGGAUGCUGGGAGCCGAAGAUCUGACGCCCGAGGACGACAUGCCCAUAGGGCGAAACGUUUUGGAGCUCACUGACGUCCGCCAGUCUAACAACUAUACCUGCGUAGCCAUGUCCACUCUCGGGGUUAUUGAGGCGGUGGCGCAGAUCACGGUGAAAGCAUUGCCCAAGCCGCCCGGCAUUCCCUUGGUGACGGAGCGCACGGCCACCAGCAUCACGCUGACGUGGGACUCAGGCAACCCUGAGCCUGUCUCCUACUACAUCAUCCAGCACAAGUCCAAGAUCUCAGAGGACACAUACAAGGAGAUCGACGGCGUGGCCACCACUCGAUACAGCGUGGGUGGCCUCAGUCCCUACUCGGACUACGAGUUCCGAGUGGUGGCGGUGAACAACAUCGGGCGUGGGCCACCCAGCGAUGGCAUCGAAGCCAAGACGGCCGAGCAGGCACCUAGCACGGCGCCCAGGCAGGUCAGGGGUCGUAUGCUCAGUGCCACCACAGCCAUUAUCCACUGGGACGAACCAGAGGAGGCCAAUGGGCAGAUUAUGGGCUACCGUGUGUACUACACCAUGGACUCUGCCCAGCACGUCAACUUGUGGGAGAAGCAGAUAGUGCGUGGGUCAAACUUCCUCACCAUUCAAGGCCUCAUCCCUAACAAGACCUAUUACAUUAAGGUCCUGGCCUACACGUCGGUGGGCGAUGGACCUUUAUCUGCAGAUCUCCAGAUCAUUGCCAAGACGGGGGUCCCCUCUCAACCGACCGACUUCAAAGGGGAAGCCAAAUCCGAAACAAGUAUACUACUAUCGUGGAUAGCCCCUGCACAGACCGGACAAGACAAUCAAAUCAUGGGAUAUGAACUUCUGUACAAGAAGGGGGACGACAAGGAGGAGAAACGAAUCAGCUUUGAGCCAACCACCACAUACCUGCUGAAGGACUUGAAACCCUUCACUACUUAUACUUUCCAGCUAGCCGCGCGCAGUAAGCAUGGUAUCGGAGCCUACACCAAUGAGAUCUCUGCAGAAACCCCUCAAACACAGCCCUCAGCCCCACCUCAGGAUGUGAAGUGCUCUAGCCCCAGCUCCACCAAUAUCCUGGUAAGUUGGCGGCCGCCCCCUAUGGAGUUACAGAAUGGGAUCAUAACCAAGUAUGCCAUCCAAUACGCCGCCACUGAAGGGGAGGACACCACCAUCCGACAAAUAUCCGACAUCCCUCCCGAAAGCUCCCAGUACCUCUUGGAAAACAUGGAAAAAUGGACCGAAUACCGUGUGACAGUGACUGCUCACACAGAUGUCGGUGAAGGACCUGAAAGUUUACCACAACUCAUUCGCACCGAGGAGGAUGUUCCCAGCGGCCCACCUCGUAAAGUCGAGGUGGAGGCUGUCAACUCCACAUCAAUUAAAGUGAUCUGGCGCUCGCCGAUGCCCACCAAGCAGCACGGGCAGAUCCGAGGGUACCAGGUGCACUAUGUCAGAAUGGUUAAUGGGGAACCCAUGGGACAGCCAGGCAUCAAGGACAUCUUGAUCGAGGAUGCGCAGUGGGAAUAUGAUGAUUCAACUGAACAUGAAAUGGUCAUCACAGAGCUGCAGGCUGAGAGCACGUACUCGGUUGCCAUGGCAGCCUACACGACAAAGGGUGACGGCGCUCGCAGCAAGCCUAAGCUGAUCACCACCACUGGCGCAGUACCUGAAAAACCACGACUCAUGGUCAGCCCUACCAACAUGGGCACUGCCCUCCUCCAGUGGCACCCUCCGACGUUAACCCAUGGCCCACUGCAGGGCUACCGCCUUCGCUUUGGCCGCAAAGAUGUCGACCCCCUGACCAUCAUCGAGUUCCCUGAGCGUGAAAACCACUACACCACCAAAGAGAUCCACAAGGGGGCAUCAUACACCUUCCGCUUGUCCGCCCGCAACAAGGUGGGCUUUGGCGAGGAGACAGUCAAAGAGAUCAACACUCCUGAAGAUGUGCCUAGCGGCUUCCCACAAAGCAUUGCGGCCGAGGGCGGCACUACCACCACCAUUCAGGUGAAUUGGAAUCCCCUGUUACUGGCGGAGCGCAACGGCAUUAUCGUGAAGUACGCCCUGCAGUACAAGGACAUCAACAGCCCUCGGAGUCCCUCAGAACUCUUCAUCACUGCCCCAGAGUCCACCGUCACCCUGGACGGCCUCAAGGCUGACACCACUUACGAUAUCAAAAUGUGUGCCUUCACCAGCAAGGGCUCCGGCCCCUAUAGUCCCAGUGUCCAGUUCAGGACACAGCCCUUGGAUCAAGCAGUGUUUGCAAAAAACUUUCAUGUGAAAGCUGCCAUGAAGACAUCUGUGCUCCUCACCUGGGAGAUCCCAGACAACUAUAACGCAGCUCAGCCCUUCACAAUCCUCUAUGACAAUGGCCAGAGCGUGGAGGUGGACGGCAAGCUCACUCAGAAGCUUAUCACGGGUCUGCAGGCCGGGACGCAGUACUCCUUCCUGCUGACCAACCGGGGCAACAGCGCCGGCGGUCUCCAGCACCGCGUCUCCACCAUGACCGCCCCGGACAUCCUGCGCACCAAGCCCUACCUGAUCGGCAAAACCAACUUGGAUGGCAUGGUCUCUGUGGAGCUGCCCUCAGUCCAGACUUCAGAGAAAGUCAGGGGAUACUACAUAGUGGUGGUGCCUCUGAAGAAACAACGCACAGGAAAGUAUCUCAAACCCUGGGACAGUCCAGAUGAGAUGAAUCUAGAAGAGCUGCUCAAAGAGAUUAACCGAACAAGCCGAGGCCUUCGCUUCCGGAGGCAAGCUGAGCCCAAAGCCUACAUCGCUGCCUACUUCAAAGACCUUCCUACCGAGUUCACUCUGGGAGACACCAAGAUCUAUGGGGACUUUGAAAACAAGCAGCUCGCCAACGGCCAAGAGUACAUCUUCUUUGUGCUUGCUGUCCUCGAGAUCUCUGAAAAUACCAUGUAUGCCACCAGCCCCUACUCCGACCCUGUCGUGUCAGCUGACCUUGACCCCCAGCCAAUCAUUGACGAGGAGGAGGGACUUAUCUGGGUGGUGGGCCCAGUGCUCGCUGUGGUCUUCAUCAUCUGCAUCGUCAUCGCCAUCCUCCUGUACAAGAGCAGCAAACCAGACAGCAUUACAUCACAGCCAAAUGUACUCACUGGCCGGGAAAGCACUAUACUGUACCGGAAAAGGGCAGAAUCCGAAGCUAGAAAAGGAAGUCUGCCCAACAGUAAGGAGAUUCCAUCUCAUAACCCCACCGACCCUGUGGAGCUCCGACGCAUGAACUUCCAAACGCCUGGUUCAGGUGACUCCGGUUACCCCAGUAACCUCCAUUUGUCAAGCAUGGCCAGCCACCCACCGAUCCCCAUCCUGGACCUAGCUGAUCAUCUGGAGCGCUUGAAAGCCAACGACAACCUAAAGUUUUCGCAGGAAUAUGAGUCCAUCGAUCCCGGGCAGCAGUUCACGUGGGAGCACUCCAACCUGGAAGUCAACAAACCAAAGAACAGAUAUGCUAACGUGAUAGCAUACGACCACUCCAGAGUCCUGCUGUCGGCUAUUGACGGUAUCCCUGGAAGUGAUUACAUCAAUUCUAACUACAUUGACGGCUAUAGGAAGCAGAAUGCAUACAUCGCCACGCAGGGCUCGCUGCCCGAGACAUUUGGUGACUUCUGGAGGAUGAUCUGGGAACAGCGGAGUGCCAACAUCGUCAUGAUGACCAAGCUGGAGGAGAGGUCCAGGGUGAAAUGUGACCAGUACUGGCCCACUAGAGGGACGGAGACCUACGGCCUCAUCCAGGUGACGCUGUUGGACACGGUUGAGCUGGCCACAUACUGUGUCAGGACAUUUGCACUUUAUAAAAAUGGUUCCAGUGAGAAGAGAGAGGUGAGGCAGUUCCAGUUCACGGCCUGGCCGGACCACGGGGUACCCGAGCACCCCACUCCGUUCUUGGCCUUCCUCAGACGGGUCAAAGCCUGUAACCCCCCAGAUGCAGGGCCCAUGGUGGUACACUGCAGUGCCGGGGUCGGGCGCACGGGCUGCUUCAUCGUGAUCGACGCCAUGAUGGAGCGCAUUAAGCACGAGAAGACGGUGGACAUCUACGGCCACGUGACGCUGAUGCGCGCCCAGCGGAACUACAUGGUGCAGACGGAGGACCAAUACGUGUUCAUCCACGACGCGCUCCAGGAGGCCGUCACCUGCGGCACCACCGAAGUGCCCGCCCGAAACCUCUACGCCUACAUCCAGAAGCUGACUGGGAUCGAGGGUGGAGAGAACGUCUCAGGCAUGGAGCUGGAGUUCAAGCGUUUAGCCAACACUAAAGCCCAUACGUCGCGAUUCAUCAGUGCCAAUCUCCCCUGUAACAAGUUCAAGAACCGCCUUGUGAACAUAAUGCCAUACGAGUCUACACGAGUGUGUCUUCAGCCAAUCCGAGGGGUGGAGGGCUCCGACUACAUCAAUGCCAGUUUCAUUGAUGGAUACAGGCAACAGAAAGCCUAUAUUGCCACGCAAGGGCCUCUAGCGGAGACCACGGAGGACUUCUGGAGGAUGCUCUGGGAGCACAACUCCACAAUCGUGGUCAUGCUAACGAAGCUCAGAGAAAUGGGCAGGGAAAAAUGCCACCAGUAUUGGCCAGCAGAGAGGUCAGCCAGAUACCAGUACUUUGUGGUGGACCCCAUGGCUGAGUACAACAUGCCCCAGUACAUCCUGAGAGAGUUCAAAGUGACUGACGCCAGGGACGGACAGUCACGGACGGUCAGGCAGUUUCAGUUUACAGACUGGCCCGAGCAAGGAGUGCCAAAAUCGGGAGAGGGCUUCAUUGAUUUUAUCGGCCAAGUGCAUAAAACAAAAGAACAGUUUGGUCAAGAUGGGCCUAUCUCAGUCCAUUGUAGUGCGGGCGUGGGUAGGACCGGAGUCUUCAUCACCCUCAGCAUCGUAUUAGAGCGGAUGAGGUACGAGGGCGUGGUGGAUAUUUUCCAGACGGUGAAAAUGCUCCGGACACAGAGACCGGCCAUGGUGCAGACAGAGGAUCAAUACCAGUUCUGUUACAGAGCUGGCUUGGAAUACCUUGGGAGCUUUGACCACUAUGCUACGUAAGAGUCCCUGUCCCGGAGGAAAAGCAGAAGGCCCUUGGACAACCCCAGCGAGCCUCUCUUCUGAGCCAUAAUUUCCUGUUUGAGAAAGUACUUCUUAACUCCUAGCUAAAGACUCAAUUAAGUGUUGGAUGUGAGACACAAAAAUGUCAAAAAAUUUAUAACGAUGAUUCCUGGAGGACCAAGUGUUUCCCAAAACCCAUGGAACUCACCCUGACGUGGGAAAGAGAGAGGGAAUCCUGACUGUUGAAGCAUCUUAUGGAAUAUUUUUUAUUCUUCUGUUGCUUCAAGGAUUCAUCUUGGGUUCAAAUAACUGAAAGAAACAUAAACAAAAAAAUAACAGAACGUACUAUUACAUCGACAAGUAAUGCAUCAUAUUACGAACCAUAGGAGAGGCAAAUGGAGGCACAGAGAAUGGCUUAAAACUCGAUGCACAUUGUAAAGAGACAUUUCUGUUCCACAAUCAAACUACACAGAGACAACUACCCAUCAAAAAAGAAGACACCAGUGCUUGGUCCAAUAUGAAAAACAGGACACAGCUAAAGUAAUAAUUAAUAAUAUACCCCGUUUCCGGUCACAACGUUCAUCAUUUAAACAAUUGGGGGGAAGGGGGAAUGUUUAAAGAUAUAUGAAACAAAUAAAACCUAUUGAUUUCUUUUUUUACUAUACAGCUGAUUGAUAUGUGCUUAAUUUUGAACCAUGUGAAAUUUGAUUUCCUUUUUUUAACAAAACGUAUCACUCGACAAAGUGAAUCAAACAAAGUCCUUGCGUAAUCGUUCAGUUUUUCCUUUCGAGUUGUAUUUUUUAAAGCUGUAGAACUGUUCUAAUGUAUGCACCGUCAUGCAGAGAAAGUCUUCGCUCUUUUCGGUAUUCUUGCUAAUUUUUUUUUAUUAUUGUUUUUCGCACUUUGUGCAGUCCUGUAUUCACACUACCAAAUGUUGACUUUGUUACAGGGUUUUUAGUUUAGUUUUUUCGUUUUGUCUUAUUUGUCCAUGAUCACAUACACAAUAACCUACUUACACCCAUGUAAUAAUCUGGGGCUUUGUGGAAUCAACAGGGAUGAGCAAAGUAUGAAGUUGCUGCUACCGAUUAUCUUAGUUCUUCCAUGUUAGAAUGAUGGUAAAAGAUGAGCACCUGAUGGAUAAAAUACAUGAAAUGAUAUAUACAUAUUUAUGUUAUAUAAGAUGACAGAUAUAUACAUUAUAUAUGAAUAAUACAUUUGCAUAACCUAUAACAUAUGUAUAUUGAAAUAAAGUACAUAAUUUAUGGCUAUAUAUGAAACGAAAGGAUUGUAUAUGAAAGCUUCUACAAUGAGAUUUCUAUACUUUGGGGGAAAUUAAGAUAUUUUUCACUGGAAUGCACAUCAGUAGGACAAAAACGCAUUCUGAUUCAGUGCAUAUUUUCUUGUGCAAUAAAUAGGUGUAUUAUAGAUAGGGUUCAUCUGGAUACUUUGUUAGACAUCAUGGCAUUGUUGUUCCCGUGGUGAGGCUUGUUGGGAACGUCACGUAUCACCAGUGUAUAUAGAUACGCUCAUACAGUCUGUAGUUCCAUAGCAGAGCAGGGGGUCCCUUAGACUAAGUCAUUGCUCCAUACAAUAGGGCAAGGUACAUAGAUGUAACUUUCAUCUUGAGGUGUUCAAACGCUCAACGGCGUAACAUGUUUUCAUUUAGCAUUUAGAGUGCCUUAUAUUUAUACCUGUUUUUUAUAACCUUCAUUUAACACAUUAUUGUAUUCUUUGAGAAGUCCGUGCAUAUAGAACAUAUAACUAACUGUAUAUUACAUUUUUACCUUAAGUAUUCAUUUGUCACAUAAUAUGAAAUUAUAUAUGCAAAUACGUACAUGGCAAGGCCCUAUUUUCAUUUUCUGUUGCCUUAUUGUGGCUUAGUAAAAAGAAUAAAACAUCGAAGACUCCCAUUCCAUUCACUGAUACCUUCGCAGAAAGUCGAUGUGCAUUUGCAACAAACUAGGACUAUUCACUUUAUUAGGACUAUUAAUGAGUCAAUGCCAAAUGCCUGUUGUCAACAAAGACCAUGGGAAAGAUCAUCAGAAAAUUUGCAGAGUCAAUGAGCUUUCCUGACUGUUCAAAUAGUGCCGCAUGUUUGACACUCCUUGUAUAGACGAAGUGUAUAGACACUCAGCCAAAGGAUCCCUUCACUAUGCCUUAGGCUUGAAAGUAUUCAACUGAUACAUUUAUUUGCAGUUAUAAACAGUUGCGGAAAGAUACAAACUAUUGGAACAGGUUAGUGUUACAACUCUGACAAUCCUUAAAUGUGUGUUCCGUCUGCUAUCGUGGAGGACUUCUACGUUUUUCGGGGUGGAGGACACAACAUAUUUUGGACCCCUCUUUCAUUUGACCCUCUUUGAUGGCUUUGUGGAUGUGCAUUCCAGGUGCUUUCUUUCCCUUUUUAUUUCACGUAGCUAAAUUGUUUAAUUUUUUGGAUCAGUUGCUUUAUUUAUAUACAGUAUAUCUAUAUAUAUAUGCACGACCGUUCAAAAGUUUAGGGUCACUUUGAAAUGUCCUUGUUUUUGAAAGAAAAGCACAUUUUUUGUCCAUUAAAAUAACAUCAAAUUGACUGGCUCUAACCAACGUCAACAGUGAAGAGGCAUCCGGGAUGCCUUCUAGGCAGAGUUGCAAAGAAAAAAGCAUAUUUCAGACUGGCCAAUAAAAAGAAAAGAUUAAACUGGGCAAAAGAACACAGACACUGGACAGAGAAGACUGGUGUUUUGCGGGUAAUAUUUAAUGAAGCUGCCAGUUGAGGACUUGUGAGGUGUCUGUUUCUCAAACUAGACAUUUUAACGUACUUGUCCUCUUGCUCUGUUGUGCACCGGGGACCUCCCUCGCCUCUUUCUAUUCUGGUUAGAGCCAGUUUGCGCUGUUCUGUGAAGGGAGUAGUACACAGCGUUGUACGAGAUCUUCAGUUUCUUGUCAAUUUCUCGCAUGGAAUAGCCUUCAUUUCUCAGAACAAGAAUAGACUGACGAGUUUCAGAAGAAAGGUCUUCGUUUCUGACAAUUUUGAGCCUGUAAUCGAACCCACAAAUGCUGAUGCUCCAGAUACUCAAAUUGUCUUAAGAAGGCCAGUUUUAUUGCUUCUUUAAUCAGGACAACGGUUUUCAGCUGUGCUAACAUAAUUGCAAAAGGGUUUUUCUAAUGAUCAAUUAGUCUUUUAAAAUUAUAAACUUGGAUUAGCUAACACAAUGUCCCAUUGGAAUACAAGAGUGAUGGUUGCUGAUAAUGGGCCUCUGUACACCUAUGUAGAUAUUCCAUUAAACAUCAGCCGUUUCCAGCUACAAAAGUAAUUUACAACAUUAACAAUGUCUACACUGUAUUUCUGAUCGAUUUGAUGUUAUUUUUAAUGGACAAAAAAUGUGCUUUUCUUUCAAAAACAAGGACAUUUCUAAAUGUCUAAACUUUUGAACGGUAGUGUGUGUAUAUAUAAUAAAACAGUAUAAAAGUGCUUUUAUUAUUUAACCUCAAUGCCACAUUUUAUGUACCUAGUUCAGCAGUCUUUGUACAUUAAUUGAUCCACAACAUUCAUUUUGUUUUCCUAUCUUGAUCUUUUGAUUUCCAUUAUGCAUGGUGAAACAUUGCAAAAUGGCCGCAGCAGGCCCAGUAGGAAGAAUUGCACUUUCUAUAUCUCUUUGUACUAUGCACUGCCCUAUUGAUUCUGAACCCAAUAAUAUAUUACUUGAACCCAUCUGUAAGAAUCUCCUUCAACGUUCACGUUGUGUGUAUGUAAAUAACACAAAAAAGGUAUCAACUUUGAAAAAGACAAAAAAGAAAGUUUGUGGCAAAAAGAGCAUCCAUUCUGGUGCCAUGAUUACUACAGAAGACGACUUUCCUAAAUUUGUCCCAACCAUCUGUUAUUAACUAACGUGGCUUCGCCAUUCAAGCUUGGAGUGUCAUUACAGAAAUAAACGUUGUGUUCUCUCUGCUCUCUAUCUAUCGCUCGUCUGGAUGCAUAGACUGAAAUUAAUUAAUGAAAUUGUAAACAAAAAAAUGGCUUGUUAAAAGAAUCAUACAAUUACCUCUGGUUAGUUGUAAGCGUAAACUGUUUUUUUUCUGAAUGAAAGGAGUGCUUUUUAUUUUCUUACUUAGGUUACAUUGGUGGCGAGAUAAGUCUGUAUGAAAAUCAGUUAUUUGCUGACACAAGUUCCAUUUGUUAUAAAUGAAUUCUAUUAAACAAUGUCUGUGUUAUGCAC